CGGCCACAGCUGCUCUCAGUUUUCUGCACCCCGUCUUGCUCAAACGUGCCGUUUCUUGCUCUUGGACCUUGUGCUCUCGUUUUCGGCGAAGUCAUGGCUUUCAAGCUGUGCGUUCUCCUUGCCGUUUUGGCUGUGGUCGCUUCUAAGCCACUGAUCCACAACCACCAAAUUCAUAUUGUUUCUACCAUCCACCAUCAUACCAAAUCCGCUGAAGUCCACCGUCAUACCAAACAUGCUGAAGUUUCUCCGGCCGUCCGUCACAUGGACAAUCAAAAAUAUCAAGCCAUACGGGCCGAAUACAAAAAACACGAGGCCAUGGCCGAGAAGGAACUUAUGGCUGAAUUCGAAAAAAAGGCAAAUAUCGCUCAUCAGCAGGACACAGGUAAUCCACAGAGGGAAGAGGGAGUACCAGAUACUGAAGACCUGAUUCCUGAAAUAGAAGAGACUACACCAGUUACUGAAGAAGGAACACCCGAAAUGGAAGAUGGUAUUCAGGAUACGGAAGAGGCGAUAUCAACCAUGGAAGAGGGAACACCAGAGACUGAGUCGGAUGGCGCAACCUGCAACAACAAAAAUCAUCAUCAUCAUCAUCAUCAUCAUAAGCACCAUGCUCCUAUUGCAAAGGUCCCUACACCUGUUGUGUCUGCCGCCAAGGAACCAAUUGCAUCCGAUACUGAGCAUCUCUAUGACACACCCAUACCGAAGGCGAAUUCCUCAUCCUUGAAGGACGUGACGGACGAUUUCACAGUCGAUGGGCCCUCUGGAUCCGAGGAGCCUGUGUUGCAGGAAUCGGAGCCUGAGCAGUCCUCUCUGGAUGGAUCUCUGUCCCAGUCCCAGGAGGCUGUGGACGAGGAGUCUGUGCAUGAAGAGUCUGUGGGUGAGGAGUCGGUGGACGAGGAGUCUGUGGUUGAGGAGUCUGUAUCUGAUACUGAGCACAUCUUUGACUCACCAAUUCCGAAGGCGGAUCCCUCAUCUUUGAAAGACGUGACGGACAAUUUCGAAGUUGAUGGGUCCUCUGUAUCCGAGGAGACCGUGUCCGAGGAGUCGGAGCCUGAGCAGCUGGAGACCUCAUCUUCGAGGGAAGAUACCGACGACUUCACGCAUGGCCAUACCAAUAAUGACCAGCCCGAGUCUACUGAAAUUGUAGAGGACGAACACCAUUCUCACCAUGAGCAGGGGUCGUCGUCAUCAUCAUCGGAGUCGUCAGAGGAAGAAUGCGAUUGCAAGAAGAAAGGCCACAACCACCAUCAUAAGCACGGUCUCCCUGCGUCGCCAGUCCGCACACCUGCUGACGAAGGAGUCGAGGAACCAGUUGCGCCCGAUACUGAGCGCAUCUUUGACUCUCCUCUGCCAAAGGCGGAUCCCUCAUCUUUGAAGGACGUUGUGGAUGAUUUCACAGUCGUAUCCGAGGAAACCACUGAGACAUAUCCAGAGAACAGUUCCCCCCAGCACCCACCAUUGUCCGACAUGUUCUCUGACACUGAUGGUUCUGCUCCGGAACACGUUGCUUCGAACGCUGAGUCUGAGCCCGCGGAGGAGUCGUACGAGUCGGAACCGACUCGUGCCGAGUCUGCGGAGUCGUACGAGUCGGAACCGACUCGUGCCGAGUCCGUGAACGAGAAUGUAGCUGCCGAUCAGUCCAACGAGGAUGUGUAUUCUCUCGACCAAGCCUCUCAGGAUCCAGUUGCUCCCGAGACCACGCUGGCCUCGUCGGAGGAGGAUCCUCUCCUCCAGCCCGCGGUGUCCGCGUCAGGAUCCGAGUCUGGAUUCGAGGGACACGAUGAGUCACUGGCCGAGGAAGAUUCCCCUGCCGUGACCGAACUGGGCUCCGACUCUGAGGACCUAGCAGAGAUGGAACACACAAACAAUGUCUAUUCUAUUGAUGAGUCUUCUGAGGAACACGUGCCUUCGAGCUCCGUGUCUGCUUCCCAGGACGCUGAUGAAUCCAGACCGGAUUACGACGAAUUGGUGAAUUCCGACGGAUCUUUCUCCGAGGACGAGCCUGCUGGCUCCGAGUCUGAGUCCGAAAGCACUUCUGAUGACGACUCUUCGCAGACAUCUGCUCACGGAGACUCUGAGUCGGACUGUGAGUCAGAAGAUGAGAACCACGACCAUUCCUCUCACGAGUCUCUGGCUGAUGGCUCCGUGUCCGCGUCUGAGGAGAUUGACGAGUUUAAGACGUCCGUGUCCCAGUCUCGGGAGUCCGAGGAGGAGUCCAUUCCCGAAUCUGAGCAAUCCAUUUCCCAAUCUGAGGAGCCCAUUCCCGAAACGGAGGAGUCCAUUCCCGAAUCUGAGCAAUCCAUUUCCCAAUCUGAGGAGCCCAUUCCCGAAUCUGAGCAAUCCAUUUCCCAAUCUGAGGAGCCCAUUCCCGAAUCUGAGGCGUCUAUUCCCGGAUCUAAUUUAACGUCUGAGCCAAUGUCCAAGUUCUUGUCCGAAAUUGACGCCCCGCCAUCGUCACUCACUGAGGAGGUUCUCGGAAACUCACAAUCGUCCUCUGCUUCCGUUGACACCACAGGGACAUCCCAAUCCGCAAGCUCCUCUGCUUCCGUUGAGGAUUCACACACAUCCCAAUCCGCAAGCUCCUCUGCUUCCGUUGAUGAUUCACACACAUCCCAAUCCGCAAGCUCCUCUGCUUCCGUUGAUGAUUCACACACAUCCCAAUCCGCAAGCUCCUCUGCUUCCGUUGAGGAUUCACACACAUCCAAAUCCGCAAGCUCCUCUGCUUCCGUUGAGGAUUCCCACACAUCCCAAUCCGCAAGUUCCUCUGCUUCCGUUGACGAUUCACACACAUCCAAAUCCGCAAGCUUCUCUGCUUCCGUUGAGGAUUCACACACAUCCCAAUCCGCAAGCUCCUCUGCCUCCGUUGAGGAUUCGCGCACAUACUAUCAUGAGAAGACCUGCAGCCAGUACCAUCUCGCUGCAAGCACUAAACAGGUUACGAGAGAGCAGGCACAAGCGUCGUGUACCGAACGAAACAUGGACGUCCUAACCCAAGAGUGGAUCGGAGAUCUGCAGGAUGACGUGUGCUUUUCGGAGGUGCUCCGGGUGCUGCGAGGUCACACUGACGGCAGCACUCACGGUCACGGCAUCGAUCACAUCUGGCUGCGAAAGCAGUGGAACAACAACUUUCUGCAGUACAAUAUCCACGGCGGUAAGAUCAGCGAGCCUCAAGAGCAGUCAACGGCCAACGCCUUUAUCUGCGCCAAACAAGCCCAAUCUGACUCCUCCUCUCAUGGCCAUGGUAUUACUGUUGAGUCCGACUUGCCUUCUCUCACAGCGGAUAUUUUCGGCGACCACUAGCCAGUGGCCGUCACAACACUGAACUCGACAAGCUCGACAGCCUUUAAGUUCCGUCAGCCUACCCUGGGCACCCGCAAAGAUAACUCUUCCUAUUUUCACCGCCAUGCGUGCGCAGAACUCCUGACGAUGCUGCCUGCCUGCGGUGCUCAUGCAGAACCUUUGUGACAUGCCGGGACACGUUCCGACCAACCGUGGCGGCGGCAGCUGAGAGCAUCAUUCUCGCUUGCUCUACUGCGACCCUGGCACUCUUAAACUGCGGCGACUACCGUACUACUUGCGCCGGGCGACGCUAUUGUCUCGCGCGGUGUCAUUGGCAUGCCAGUACAAUUCAAUUAUACUCUUCUCCUUUCUUUGACUGAUUCAUCCUUUUGCAGGUAAUAUGUGUUCUGGC